UUGCCGGUCCUUAACCUUCAGAGGUCUACAUUCAGGUCAGGUUAGCUGGCGAAGGCCCAGGAAGCUGGAUUCAACAGCCGUACUGGUGUAAAUCCUCGCAGAAGAAAAAGAAGAAGGUAUCUAAAUAGGUUUGAUAAGCACAGCAAACUUGCAAAAAUGAAUCAUGGACAGAAAGUUAGAGUUCUGUACAAAACAAUUCUUCGGUUGCAUCGGGGUAUGCCACCUGCACUACAGGAAAUGGGUAACAAUUAUGUGAAGGAUGAAUUCAAAAGACACAAAAACUGUUCUCCGAUGGAAAGCCAAAAGUUUAUGAGUGAAUGGGCGGGUUAUGCGUUAAAUUUGGCACAACAGUUGGGACUGCGUGGGAAACCUGGACCGAUAGGAAUGAUUGGUGAAGAUCUGACGGAAAGCCAAUUGCAACAUUUCCGAGACGAACAAAUAGCGCAGCUCUACGAAUUGCUUGUAGAAGCCAAACGAUGAUGAUCCAGUUUGCGUAUCAGUGGAAUGAACAUCCUCGUCGUUAGCAACGAUCGCAAAGGAUUUAGGUAUCUCAGGGAAGAACGCAUCGCAUUCAAAAUGCUUUUUGAUUUCCGUCAAAUACACUCGAUGGCAACGAGCGGA